AUGCGACAUGGCUGUGACGUGGAUUUGAGGUCUGUCGGGUAUGAGCACGUAACGUUUUUAGCUGAGGGUAGCCUUGGCCGUUUGCAUAUCGUGAAAUCUACUGACGAUGAGGUAGCCCUAUGGGUAGCCAAACUUGUGGAUCUGACCUUGUUAAGGGAGCCGUCUGAAGCUACACAAGCCUUAUUAGAAGCUGAGUUAUUACGACGCUUACGUCAUCCUAAUAUCGUGGAGUAUGCUAACAGCUUUAUUUUAGAUGAUUUUCUAGUAAUAAUUAUGGAAUACUGUACCGGUGGAGAUCUUCAUAGCUACCUACAAAAGAAAAGAGACCGUGAUGAGGAGGUUCCUGAACGACAAGUAUUCGAAUGGGUCCGGGAUAUCUGUGCGGGACUUCGAUUCAUGCAUUGCAAUAAUGUGUUGCACUGUGAUGUUAAGAGUUCUAAUGUAUUUCUGGACGGUAAAAUGACUGCAAAAAUUGGGGACCUAGGUAUCGCAAAGGAGAUUCGUAGAGGUGCCAGAGCUCUCAGCCCUCUGAGAUGUCCUAGAGGGACACCUGUAUACAUGUCACCUGAAAUGUGUCAAAAAGAAGCGUUAACCGAGAGAUCAGAUUGCUGGGCCGUCGGCUGCAUUGUAUACGAGAUAUGCAACUUGCAUCAUGCUUUUGCUAGCAAUCUUCACCCAGCAGAUAAUGAUUCUGUCUUAAGCAACAACUCAGGAGCUACAGCUGCCUUCCUUCCUGGUGUCACCAACAGAUCCGAUCUGAGUCUGGCCUGUAAAAAGAUGCUUAAAAAUAUCAAAGGUGAUCUAAAAAGAAUUAAGAAAUCUAACGUUGGCAAUUUUGAUAGUCGUGCGCUAAAGCACUUGGAACCCCAACAAAAGCACUUGUCUUAUUGGAGCAAGAACUCAGUGUCUUUUCCUCAAGUGCUUCCUGAUCGGUACUGCCCAUUGCUGAAUUAUAUGGUCUGUGCUAUGCUCGAGCCUCAGCCAAGUGAUAGACCCACAUUAACGGAGGUAAUACAGUUGGCAGAAGCCGCUCUCGUGGAACACCGUAGCAUUUGUGAACACCAUUGUGAUGUAGAUGAUGAUUUAGAUAGUAUACCAGAGGAGCGCACUCCUGAAUCAGAUAGAUAG